UGGGCACCGGCGCGGGCGGCACAGCACCGCAGACCUUGCGUCUCCCGCUCUUCCAGUCGCCGGGGUGGCGGGCCGACCCCUGGGCGGCCGGUGCCGACGAGCGCCAUUCCCGUGUCGCUCCGCCCGCGCGGGCCGCCCGAGCCGGCCACCAUGCCGCUGGGCCUGAAGCCCACCUGCAGCGCGUGCAAGACCACGUCCUCCUCCAUGUGGAAGAAGAGCCCACAGGGCGAGAUCCUCUGUCACCACUGCACCGGCCGGGGCGGCGGCGGCGGCGGCGGCGGCGCGGGGGUGGCGGGCGGGACCGGGGGCGCCGGCGGCUUCGGCUCGGCCACCUUCGCCAGCACCUCGGCCGGCCCUCCGCAGAGCAACGGGGGCGGGGGCGGCAAGCAGAGUAAGCAAGAAAUUCACAGAAGGUCUGCUCGGCUCAGAAAUACGAAAUACAAAUCUGCUCCGGCUGCUGAAAAGAAAGUUUCCACUAAAGGAAAAGGGAGAAGGCAUAUUUUUAAAUUAAAAAACCCUAUCAAAGCUCCUGAAUCUGUUUCCACUAUAAUUACUGCAGAAUCCAUCUUCUUCAAGGGAGUAUAUUAUCAAAUUGGUGAUGUUGUUUCUGUGAUUGAUGAGCAAGAUGGAAAGCCGUACUAUGCCCAGAUCAGGGGCUUUAUUCAGGACCAGUACUGUGAGAAGAGUGCAGCACUGACGUGGCUCAUUCCUACCCUCGCCAGCCCCAGGGACCAGUUUGAUCCAGCGUCCUAUAUAAUAGGGCCAGAGGAAGACCUUCCAAGGAAGAUGGAGUACCUGGAAUUUGUCUGCCAUGCACCUUCUGAGUAUUUCAAGUCAAGGUCCUCUCCAUUUCCUACAGUCCCCACCAGACCAGAGAAGGGCUACAUAUGGACUCAUGUUGGACCUACUCCUGCAAUAACUAUUAAGGAAACAGUUACCAACCACGUAUAGUUACAAAACCAAACCUGGGGCAUGUUAUGUAGCAUGUAUGAAGAUUUGGUUUUAAUCCCCAGAACAUACAUACACACUGCAAAAUAAAACCAGAUUUCCAAUUUCUUAUAUUUUAAUAUAAUGAGAUAUGCCACACAUUUUUUCACUUGAAGUCUGUCUUUUUUUUUUUUUUUAGGUUUUUGAGAUCUCUCUGCCUCACCCUCCUUGAGUCCUUGAGUGUUGGGAUUACACCACAACUAAUUAAUGCCAGAUACUUCUUUCAUGAAGCUCCUCCAUGGAAAUAUGACUUGAGGAAGUUUUUAAUCCUAAUAUCCCUAAUUAUUAACUCAUUUAGCACCUGUUGCUUAGAAAAAUUACAGGGUGGGAAAAGGAUGAAUCUGAAGUUUAAUAUUAAAUUCCAUGCAUAUUUCCCCAGACAAAAGUGGCAGUUUCCAGGGAAACCAUUAGAAACAUGAAUGUCUAUUUUUAUUCAAAUUUAUUUAUCCAGACACAUGAACUGUAUUUUUAUAUAGGUACAGAACAUCAAGUUUUAGAUUUCUGGUGUUUUUCUCCUCAAGACAGGGUUUUUUUUGCGUAGUACUGGAACUUGCUCUGUAGACCAGGAUGGCCUCGAACUCACAGAGCUCCACUUGCCACUACCUCCCGAGUGCUGGGAUUAAAGGUGUGUGCCACUACAUCUGGCUUACUUAGAUUUCUGAUCAGGGACUAAAUCAAAAUGUGUUUCAGAAAGCAACACCAUCUUUUUUUUCCUUCUCUAUAAGCAGACCUUAGCUGCUUUAGCCCUACAGAAAGCAAUUGGUAGGUGAUUUUAUUAGCUCUGGCUCUCUAAAACUUAGAACUCAUGCUGUAGGCAUUCAGCUGCUUUAGUCCAACUGCCUUUUACUGUUAGCACCUGCUGCUUCUGUGAGAUCGUUCUUCAAUCGUGCCUUUGAUCUACAAUGUAGACAUCCCUUCUUUCUACUCAGGCCUCAGGCCCCGUAACACUUUCCUAUUAUUAGGGUAGUGACUGCUGACUGUCUUGGAAGUCAUUAGUUUUGAUAAUCCAAAGACUCGAAGUUAAACCAUUUGCUGAGGACUCUUGGUGUGCUUUGCCUGGGAAAGCCAGUUGUAUGUUUCAAAUGCAACUUGGUCUCAUACAGAGGAGGAAUGGGCAGGCACCCACUUGCCGCCUCUAUCCUGAUCUACGCAGACAGAAGUUUUAAACACAGGAAUUUAUGAGAAUUUGACAUAAUCUUAAUGAUUUUCAUCAGAACUCUUUUACCUUUUUCUGGCAUCCCAAAGUUGGGAAGAAGCAUCUUCCUCCUUAGGAAAAAAACUACAAUAAAGUUCAUUGUAAAUAUUGUUGGAAAUGACUUUCUAAAUGCUAAUAUUCCAGUAUGAGAUUAAAAUAUAUUUUUACAGUGGG